AUGUUCACCGGCGAUAUGGCGGAGAGUCGAGCAUCUGUGGUAACUAUUGGCGGCAUCGAUAGUGCAGCACUUGCCCUUCUUGUAGACUUCAUUUACACCGCAGAGGUGUUAAUCACAGAGGAGACUGUCCAAUGCCUUCUUCCAGCAGCCAAUCUCCUCCAAAUGACAAGUGUUCGUGAAGCCUGUUGUGAGUUCCUGCAGUGCCAACUUCAUCCCACCAAUUGCUUGGGUAUUCAACGUUUCGCCGAUAUGCAUGAUUGCUCAGAACUCCUCCAGGUCUCUCGAAGGUUCACUGAACAGCAUUGCGGUGAGGUGCUGGAGCACGGUGAAGAGUUCUUGAGCCUCACCAAGGAACAGCUAAUAAGUCUCAUCUCCAACGAUCACAUCCGAGUGUCCGAGGAACAGGUUUUUGAAGCCGCCCUCCGAUGGAUGCGACAUAAUGUGGCUACUCGAGGCACGCCUGAAGUGGCUGCUGAAGUCUGCGGCCACGUUCGUUUCAGUCUCCUGCCAAGGGAUUACCUUGUAAGACUUUCUCAGUCUGAAGCUUUUCUGCGAGCUAACCCCUGGUGCAAAGAUUUCCUCCUUGAAGCUAUGGGUUUCCUACUGCUGCCAUGGGAACAGAGAGGGCGUAAUAUCACCUCAGAGCGGACAAGACCGAGAAGUAUUGGAGUCCCUAAGACUCUCGUUGUACUGGGAGGUCAGGCGCCAAAAGCCAUUCGGUCUGUCGAGUGCUACAACUUCAACAAUAACACGUGGAAAACAGCAUCAAGCAUUGCAAACAACGGAGGGGGAGCAAUUAGCGACCUUCCAGCCCGUCGUUGCCGAUGUGGUGUAGCCGUUGUUGGGGGUCUCAUAUACGUCAUCGGUGGUUUCAAUGGAGCCCUACGUGUACGCUCAGUUGAUAUCUAUGAUCCAUUGCGACGUAGUUGGCGUGCUGGUCCGAGCUUAGAGUGUCGACGUUCAACCCUAGGAGUUGCUGUAUUAGACGGGAUAAUAUACGCUGUCGGUGGCUUCAAUGGAACGCAUGGGUUCGCUUCAGUAGAAGCACUAGAUCCCUGGUCUGGAACAUGGAAAUCAGUCGCUCCAAUGUCUGUUUCUCGAUCAAGUGUUGGAGUGGCAGUUCUAGGCCGAUAUCUCUAUGCAGUAGGAGGUUACGAUGGAACCAGUAGACGGUGCUUAUCGUCUGUGGAACGCUAUAACCCAGUUGCAAAUGAGUGGACAGCAAUUGCAGAUAUGAAUCAUCGGAGAAGUGGACCUGCAGUAGCUGAACUAGAAUCUAGGAUCUAUGUUGUUGGAGGUCAUGACGGUUUACUAGUGAGGUCAUCCGCUGAGUACUAUGACCCAAGAGUAGGUGUUUGGUGCAGUAUCACAGAUAUGCAUAUCGCCCGUAGAAACGCUGGACUAGUUGCACAUAACAGAAUGCUCUAUGUGGUCGGAGGAGAUGAUGGAACUGCAAAUUUGGACACUGUCGAGACGUACGACCCGAAUUUGAACACUUGGACACUGAUCUCUGGACGGCUCAACAUUGCUCGUUGCUAUGCUGGAAUUGCACUAGUUGACUGUGUCGUCCAAGCUAAUAAUAGCACCUAG